AGCCCAGCCUCGCUGACUCUGUCCGCCACCGCUGCCUUAGCCAACAUUCGCUCGCCAAAGCCCUCUCGACCGCACGCACGCACGCACGCGCCACCCAGCUAGCGGCAGCGCCAGCAGCAGGAGUGUGAAGCAAGAGAGGGAGGAGGAGGAAGGGGAGCGCAUUCAACAAGCCAGCCAAGCCAGCGGACAAUCAUUCACCGGAGUACAGGUGUGCAGAGCAUUCUCUCGCCCAACGUUCAUCGGCCACCUCAGAACGGGAGUUUGUGGCGCUCGUGUCCGGCUGUUACCUAGCGAGGUCUUCCCCUUUUUGAGACGGAGAAACAAGAGGAGACCAAGGGGGGUGGUCGUACGGCACGCAACAUCUCAUUGAGUUCAACUCCGAGGGAAGGUUCUCAUAAUGGCCACGCCGCCCAGCACAGCGGAGAGCGGAGGGGGGGCUGCCUCGAGCGGAGCGGGGAGGGAUCCCUCGGCUCGUGUCCUGCGACCCCCAACCGAUUACAACGACUGGUGCGAAGUUGCCCACGGCUGCACUCGCAAGCUGGGUAUGAAGCUGUGUGGGUUCCUGCAGAGAGGGGUGUUGGACGAGCGCGGCUCUGGCGGCAUGCCGGGCUCGCUCGGAACCCAGCAAAGCCAGCAGCAGGCCGGCGGGGGUCGGCUCGGCGGCGCGGACGGCACCGCCGGCUGCAAGGGAGACGGCGCCGAGAUGGACGGCGACCCCAGGGUUCACCGCCGCACGGAGGUCAACUUCUCUAACCUGUACGCGCGAGACCUGCUGCCGGCCAAGAACGGCGAGGAGGCGACGGUGCAGUUCCUGCUGGAGCUGAUGGACAUCCUGCUGAGCUACAUCCGCAAGACGUUCGACCGCUCCACCAAGAUCCUGGACUUCCACCACCCGCACCAGCUGCUGGAGGGCAUCGAGGGCUUCAACCUGGAGCUGUCGGACUCGCCCGAGUCGCUCGAGCAGAUCCUGGUGGACUGUCGGGACACGCUCAAGUACGGCGUGCGCACAGGUCACCCACGGUUUUUCAACCAACUGUCUUGUGGCCUGGACAUCAUUGGAUUGGCUGGGGAGUGGCUGACCUCGACGGCCAACACCAACAUGUUCACCUAUGAGAUCGCGCCCGUGUUCGUCCUCAUGGAGAAAAUCACGCUGAAGAAAAUGCGCGAGAUCAUCGGCUGGCCCAACGGCGAUGGCGACGGCGUCUUCUCUCCAGGGGGAGCCAUCAAUAACCUGUACGCCGUCAUGGCCGCUCGCUACAAGUUCUUCCCGGAGGUGAAGAUGAAGGGGAUGGCGGCUGUCCCUCAGCUCGUGCUCUUCACCUCCGAGUGUAGUCACUACUCCACCAAGAAGGCAGCUGCUGCGCUUGGGAUCGGAGCCGACAAUGUCUUUCUCAUCAAAGCCGACCAGAGGGGGAAGAUGAUUCCUGCUGAUCUGGAAGCCAAGAUCAUCGACUCAAAGAAAAAAGGGAUGGUGCCGUUCUUCGUGAGUGCCACGGCCGGCACCACGGUGUACGGCGCCUUCGACCCGCUCCAUGACGUUGCUGACAUCUGCCAGCGCCACAACAUGUGGAUGCACGUCGACGCUGCGUGGGGAGGUGGACUGCUGAUGUCUCGCAAGCAUCGCCACAAGCUCAACGGGGUCGAGAGGGCGAACUCGGUGACCUGGAACCCCCACAAGAUGAUGGGGGUGCUGCUGCAAUGCUCGGCUAUUCUCGUCCGUGAGGAGGGCUUGCUGCAGGGCUGCAACAAGAUGUGCGCCGGGUACCUGUUCCAGCCCGACAAGCAGUACGACACGUCCUACGACACGGGCGACAAGGUGAUCCAGUGCGGCCGCCACGUCGACAUCUUCAAGUUCUGGCUCAUGUGGAAGGCCAAGGGCACGGUUGGGUUCGAGGCUCAGAUCAACAAAUGCCUGGACCUGGCCCAGUACCUGUACAGGACCAUCAAGAACCGAGAGGGAUAUGAACUCGUCUUCCAGGGGGAGCCGGAGCACACGAACGUGUGUUUCUGGUACAUACCUCUGAGCCUGCGAGGGAUGCCUGACGGGGAGGAGAGGAGAGGCAAGCUCAGCAGGGUCGCGCCCAAGGUGAAGGCGCGCAUGAUGGAGGCGGGCACCACCAUGGUGGGCUACCAGCCGCAGGGGGACAAGGUCAACUUCUUCCGCAUGGUCAUCUCCAACCCGGCCGCCAUGCAGUCCGACAUCGACUUCAUGCUGUCCGAGAUCGAGCGUCUGGGCCAUGACCUGUGAGGGCAGGAGGCAGCCCUGCCCUGCUGCUGCCCCUCCCCAACCUCCCACACUGCCCCCCCCCCCACCGUGGUGCUGCCACCCACCAAUAGGGCCCCCAGCUUUGCUAGCGCUGCUUCCAUGACUUAGCGAGAGGAGGUGUGUGUACUGGAUGUGGAGUUCCAGGUGCGGAAAUAUUUUCCGGGGUUCCUGACCCCAACAGAACCGGGUGGAGUUUUCGCCCUGGCUGCUCCCAUAAAUCCCGGCUGGGUGUGGUACUUCAGCGCUGCCCCUCCUGCGAUACAUCUUCACCCCCCCCCCCCCAUCGCCAUCCACUCGAUGAAACCUCAUCAUAUCACCUCUUUCCGUGUGCCACCCAUCUUCAAUAAAUCUUCUAAUGCUGCCUUUCCGACCGCCACCCAAAGUGCUUCCCUCCCCCCCGUUAUAAACAUCUCCGUGGCACUCCGUCUCCUUUGAGCACCCCCUCGCUUAGUGCUUCCCUUCCCAAAGCUGCCCCCAACCACCAGCCCCCAUUCUCUAGGAAGCCGUAUCGUGCCCCCCACACAGACACAGUGCUUCCCUUUCAGCGCCACCCCUUCUAAGAGCUGCCUUAGCUCAGCUUUCUACAGCCACCACCUUUACUUCGUACGCAGUCCAGCGGCGUCACACGGGUGACACGCCCAAUCCAUCUCGACUGGCUGCGACUAUUCCAUGCGCGAAGUACCGUAACUCGGAUCGGAACCGCAACGCACUGUUCCACACAAUGCAUCGCAGCUGCCACACGCUCAAUCACUCUGCUGUCACCUCUCCCCCGCCCGCCUCUAUCCCCAUUGAUGCCCGCUCCAAUAAUUUUUUUUUUUAGUAAAUCGGUAAUAUAAAUCUUCUGUGCCAUGGGAUGUGAAAAUGCGGCUCAAAUUUUGAACAAACGAUACGUCUUGCAAUUUUCGUUUCAAUUUGACAGAUCGCUGAACGUGGCACGAGCGUCGGCACUUGUGUACGUAAGAGAAAUUACGCCGAGCGAAGGAAGGAAAAAAAAGUACUUUUCUCUAAAAUUACACGCACGGAGGGAGGGAUGUCCCCGACCUUGUAUAACGGUGAGCACGCUGUACUUGUUAGCCAGAGGUCACCGGUUAGAUACGAUCUCCCGGCAGGGCAUUUGAAACGACAGUGGAGCAACUUUCUUUUUAAAUUUCCGUUGCCUCUGUCCACCCCGGUGCUACGAAUCGGUUCAGUGAUCGGCGGCUCGACUGCACUGGAAUCCAAUUUUGGUGACUCUUCCCACCUUGUUCCGAGGACAUCCGGUCAAAUAACCCUGUUGCAAGAGGCCAUUCCCGCCAGCAGCGGAGUGAGCAAAAGAGUUGUUGUCCUGCAUAUUUACCUUCUUGUCUUGUCUUGUUUCCAGUCUUCAUGUUGCGUUCACAUGUUCUCGUCACCUCUCAUGGCUACUCGUCUCUUUUCAUUGUCGAUCCAGCCAGGGGGCAGGCUGCUGUUGUAAAUGCACAUUUCCUCCUGGUGGACCUUGCUUGCUGGACACUUACAGCCUUCUCCCAUGUCCUGUAGCAUGUGCUGCACAUGUACACUCUCUUCGGGAUGGCACAACAGAUUGCGUCGCUUGGUACACGCGCACCCGUCGCAUGCCUCGAACUGCCACUAGCCAAUCUCACACUAGCCCCUGUUGUCCACUGGCCACUUUGACGUACGGUUUGCCUCCUCUCCUGGUUUUCCCAAGAUCCGUCCACUUGUUGAGGGAGGCAGCCAUCAAAAUCAACAUCCUUGAUUCCAAUUUUAUUUUGAAAUGCCCAGCGACGAUCACAUUGCUGUAGGUAAUUGCAGGAAAAUUGGCUUAAUUAUGUAUACAUAUGCAAUAGAACUUCGCUCUUGAACUCAACCCUAUUACCCGUGGUUCUCAUUACCCCCAGGAUCUAUAGAAUUUACGAAAACUCCUAUUAUCCGCAGCCCGAUUGUUCAUAUUGUCCGCUGUUACCGGCUGUUUUUCUUGUUCUGCAUUGCACGGCUUUCUAUUAUCCGCACAUUUUUCGCGAGUUUCCAUCGGCAAAUUAAUCGCGUUCACAAUAAUCCCGUUUUUUUUGGGUUGUUGCCUGCAACAGAUGAGUGGAGUCAGAUUUGGGGACUGUCCCGCCAAAACAGCUCCUGCGUUCCCAGUAAACGCGCAAUGUUGUGGCAACGUUGACCCAACGUUGGGGCCCAAACCUUGCACGUAUUACUGGCUUGUUCAUAAACUCGCAUCACAAAAGGAGGUUCCCCGUACCUCUUUAUUUCAGUCUCGCAGGUUUCCAGUGUAACCUUUUUGUACAUUCGUUUGGUUGCAAUGAGGGCUAAAGAUCCCCAGUGAUUUUGAAAUAGAUGACGAGAUCUCACGAUAAACGCUUUGAACAACAGUCUACUCCGAUAGUUUUUCUUUUUUAAAAAGACGGAAAGUAAACUAACAAAGAAGCACAGUGCAAUAAGCAGCAAUGUUGUAUGCUCAGCACGUGCAUUAAACAAUAUAUUAUUAUAAAACUCAAAUAGCAUUCGGGUUAUAGUGAAGACAACCCGAGAUUGUCACGCAGAUGUCUAUGGAGAGGGGCGAUAGCGCCUCUGUGCGGUGUCAAAAGGUGAAGUAAAAACAGGGCAAUUGUAAGAAAGAGUUUGACUGCUUGCUGGCAGGUGGGGGGGAUCCCGUUCAGGGUUCGUGGGGAGCGGUGGUGUCGCGCUGAGUGCUACGCUCUGCUGCGAAACUUGGCGGACCCGAGUUUGAUUCCCGCUCACGGCACAACACCAGGUCUUGGGCCCUCCCCUAGGUCAACUCGGCCUCCAAAUGAGUGCCUGGUGCGGUGUGUAAACAUCGUCUGGGGUAGACGAAGGUGACCGGUGCGUGGUUGUUGGCCACUCCGCCUUAAUAGGUGCUCGCUAACAGCACUUGCCACAACAGUGUUACAGGCUAUACGGUGGAUCUUUGGCUGCACCGCUGGUAUUGGAUGGAGAAAGCGAUGCGACAGAAUUGGCAGCAGCUCGAGGUUGAGUGUGAAUGUAACCAAUCUAACAACUAUUCGAUUUGGCUUACUAAACGGUCUCGUCCGUUACUUUACACACAACUUUCAUUUGUUAUUUUGAAAUAAAUUGAAUUUUGUUGCAAUAACAACCUCCCCCCCCCCGCCCCGCCCCCUACAAUGCUUUUAUUUUUCUUCGCAGGCUAAUUAAGUAAGCCUCAGCGGGCCCGUGAUUUCUCACCUCGAGCUUGCCCGCGUUGAGACAGCUGUCAUGUCCCGGGGCUUCUAGACAAGAGAGGUGAUGGGAGAGGUAGCGAAAAACGGGGGCCUAUCUCAAGUGCAGCGGGGUUUAGCUCUAAAUAGGUCUCUGUGUGGGUAGUAAAUACUAAAAAAAAAACAGCAUUUAACAACGUCCGAAGCAACGACGUUUUUUUGCAUCAAACGUUGCAAAAAAAAAUUGCGCAGUGAGAAUUUGCGACCUUUGUCGACCUCCAACGUGCGUGACCCCCCCCCCACCCCACGUGGUGUUCUUUGUGAGUCUGUAUGCCCCCCCCCCCCCAUCAUUCGUGUGCCCGUGUGGUUACAGGGUGUUUUCGAGACGGUCGUCGUUUUCACACCGUUUUUGGUCCCCUACCCUUCGCGUCUUCUCCUCCCCACCAACCUCUACCUCCCCCUCGGUCGGUCGGUCGGUGUCUCGUCCGGUGCUGCCAACUCUGCGACGCUGUCGCCUUCGACAACUUGAGCGCGAACAUUUCGGGUUUUUUUUUUGUUUUGCGUGUCUGUUUUACCAACGGCAAAAACAAAAGUGGUGUUCAAUUUUUUUUUUGUCGGAAGCGAACGAGCGACCAAACUUUUUUUUUUUCCCCGCGGAGCGAUUUUGAGUUUGUGUCCAGGUGUCGUGUGGCUUUGUUUUGAAGGUUUCCCGUAUAGCACUUCUUCGUAAAUUGCCAGGUGAUACGACUUUUGGAAGGGUCUUUCUUGCGACUUUGUGAAGUCUUUUUUUGUCUUUCGUUUUUGGUGAUUCUCCACUUGUAAGGGGGAGUUGGCAACGCUUGUCUUUUCGGGCACACCCCCCCCCCCCCCCCAUGUCGUCCCCCUGUGUGACCUUGCGUUGUGUGGCACCAAAUAGCAAUAGUGGUGGGUUGUAGCUAUUAACUGUUUCUCGCUGUUAGGAAUUGAUUUUUCUCUAGAACAAAUUGCACUCGAGUUUAAGAAUAUAUAGAGAUUGUGUGUGUGUAUAUAUAGAUAUAAACCGUAUAUUGCUGUGUUGGCCGGGCUGUGAUGUGCGAUGUAACUGAAUGAAAUGACGAACAACCCGGUAGCUUUAUGGAUUGUUGGGGGGGGGGGGGGGGGGAGGAGCAGGGGGCUAAUGUUAUGCCAGCAGUGAAAACCCAAACACACCACAACCCCCCCCCCCCCCACAUGUCUCCCCACCAUCUACCCCUAAACGACAACCAACUUGUCCGCUCAACCCAACUUUGCGAGCACCUCCAACUGAAAUGGAACCAACGCAGAGUGUAGUCAAACGGGUUCAGCGUGCAUGGCAGGCCCCCCACCACCCCCAUUCACGAACGGGGUUCUCCUGGCCGUACCGCCGUGGUUGUUGGGCACGUGUCGCUUCCGAAGAAGCUCUCCGGCACGUGGCACGACCCUCAAACGCGUGCAGGAGGGAUGACCACCAACAGCAGCUGAGUCAUCACGGUGGCAACACACACAAAAAAAAACCGCAUAAACCGCCCCAUCGCAGAGUUGUGGGCCUCCAAUAAUAACACGCGCGGCGAAAAAUCUCAGUCGACUCUCGUCGAAUUGCCACCAUUUAGCGUUCCCCUUGAGGUUUGAAAUCCUCUCCUCCUACCUUGCAUUGCGAAUCGCCUCCAUUCACGUGCAUGGCUCCCGAGUUGACACGCGAUUCACCUUCACUUCCACGAACAACUCGGGUGUCGUCGCAGCGAGUGUGUGACGGCCGCUCUAUCUCUCUCUCUCUACUUUCAGAGAGACAAACAAGGUUCACGCUCGUUGCGGUCUGUUUUGAAACGAGCAGCGGUAACUUUCAUAGACAAACAUCUUCUACAACCAGGGGUGGGAACCACCGGAUGUAUGCGUGCUGUCCUGCCGAAUAGGACUUGACGCUAUUUUGGCAAUAACGCGAGCAAGAUACGUUUAAGUGCACGGUUUUAUUGGCAGGUCAAACAAAAAUAUCCCCCCCCCCACCCCCUUCUAGUACCCAAUUAGUACGGCUACGAUGCUUGUACUGUUGUGAGGAAUAAAUAACAACAAAAAACAUCUAAAUAUUGCCGUUUCAAAGCGGUAGGCGGCCUCCUAGAUCCUCGGGCCGUACGAAGCGAAUUCUGGGAUUUGUGCCACGCAUCAGUUUCCCAUCCUGCCACCUCUUGUGUGUUUAAAGCGCCGUUCAAUCUCAUCGAAACCUACCAACUCGAUCGCAAAUUCCCUCACGCGUGGAGAUCCACAAAGGUGCACUACGCAUAUACUACCCCAGUGUUUAUUCCCAGUAAUGCUAAACAUCCAUUAGUCAUUAAAGUUUUUGUUUUGGGUUAGAUCACGUAGAUAUAAAUGCGUCGUUCGUAAUAGCCUACGUGUUUAAACAAGACAUUCGCGACCAAUAUUAUCCAUAAUAUAGGUUGUUGGGGUUAAUUGCUGAACUUAUAAAUAAAUAAUAAAUGCGUCGUUCCCCGACCAGCACGGCCAAUUAGUCAGGUUCGUCACGUAAACAAAACGUGCUAAUUAAUUACUACUUCAGCACAACACACCGCUUACAAUUCGAGUACCGUCACGUUUUGCUGGUGAUUACAACCAGCUUCAUCAGGCGAUUAGCUUGCUCCGUCUCAUUUACCAAUUCUUCGUCUCUCCCCCCGGCAGUACAAAUCGGUGGGUCCGAAGGUGGCGUGUGGAGGAGGUUAAAGCGUGGGGUGCUAUCUUCCAACACGUCCGGUCAACGUGGAACAGCUCGCAAUUGCAGGGCUGCGCCUUUAACCUUCAAUGUUAUCACAUUUGACUUCCUACUCAUAAAUAGCCACCACCGUGUUCACCGCUACAGUUAUACUGAAAUAAACUAGCAGGUUGUGUUACACAGGGCCGAAUUAAGGCACGGGGCUUUAGGAGAUGCAGCCCAGGGGGGGCCUCCGUCAGCUGGAGGGCCUCCAGAGAUGAACUGAAACGUUAUUUAAUUUGUGAAUGCUGAAUUUAGUUGUUGGCCUUGUAAAAAUAACAUUUAUUUUUCUUUGACUUUGUUUUCCUUUUGAAAAUAUUACUGGGGGCUUACACAAUCUAAAUCCGGCCCUGGUUGUAUAUUGGGACGAGACCUAGAGUUAAGAAUGUGUUGCGGUCGCAGUAUUUACAACAAAAUGUGUCUCACCAGACGUUACGAUAACAACGUGCAAUGUUUGACCGUGACCCCCCCCCCCCCAAUCACAGCCCGCGACCCCCCCCCUACUCCUAGCGCUGGGUGUGUAAAGUUGUGAUGGUCCACUCCCCUCCUCCGCCGUGUGUGCUGUCUCCUCGCCCACCCACUCCAC